GACAACACCACGCAAAUGCUGCGGGAAUGGCUCAGCGCGGUGGAAAAGCAUUACCGGUCUGUCGUCUGGAGAUCCGUGGAAGAGCCCAGCUCUUAUCCCAACGAAGUGGGACCCAAACACUGGACGGAGCCGCGCUUCGAACAGAUCAUGAGGCUGAAGCAGGAAGCCCUCGCCUUUGCUCGGGGGCAAGAAGCCGGUUACAUUUUGCAAGGCGGCUUCCUCUCUUGUCUCUUUUUCUCCCUUGCAGUCGAUGGGCCUCCCAUGUCCCGUUCCAAGCACCUCCACGUCCCCCCAAAACAUCCAACCAAGAUCGGGUUUGAUGAGGUGUUUCUUAUCAACCUGGCCCGACGCCCGGACCGGCGGGAGCGCAUGCUGGAGGCCCUUUUCGAGCUGGAAAUAGACCCCUUGGUGGUUGACGCCAUAGACGGAAGAGCCCUAAACAGCAGCAGCAUCAAGAAACUUGGCAUCGACUUACUGCCCGGAUAUUACGACCCCUUUUCGGGGAGGACCCUCACCAAAGGGGAAGUUGGCUGCUUCCUCAGUCACCACCACGUCUGGAAAGAGGUGGUCGAGAGGGGGCUGGAAAAAUCCCUUGUGCUGGAGGACGAUAUCCGAUUCGAGGCUUACUUCAAGAGGCACCUGGCGAAGCUGAUGGACGCGUUGGAACGGACGCAACUCGAUUGGGACCUGAUCUACCUGGGCAGGAAACAAGUCAACUCCGACAAGGAGGAGGAGGUGGUGGAGAUCCCCAAUCUGGUGGUGCCCGAAUAUUCCUACUGGACNUUUUCAACUGCCAUACUGCACCGUUUCAUCACCAAACUAGGAGCUGAGAUGUUCCUGUGCAACCAGGAGCGGUUCGGCUACAUCAACGUGCCGAUGGCGUCGCACCAGACCCUGGAAGAGGAACAAACCCAGUUUGUGCAUCUCAUCCUGGAGGCCAUCGGUUGCGAGGAUUACAAAAAAUAUUUCCGCAGCCGGGACCUGCGGGCCUUUUCCGUCCAGCCCUACCUGGCUUACCCUGCCCAUUAUGCCGGGGACGCCGAGUGGAUGAGCGACACGGAGUUUUCCACCAUCUGGGAUGACGAUUCGCAGAAAACCGCCUGGAGCGGCUCGCAGAAGACCCUGAAGGACGCCCGCGGCAUCAGCCACGGAGGCUACGUCAGCCGCUCCCUCCCCACAGCAGCCCGGGACGAGCUGUAA